AUGAUUGACCAGGCACUGGAGGGCGAGGAGACCAAGGCCAGCGGCUCCAAGCUGCACGCCGCCGUGAAGGCCGGGGACCUGAAGCGCGCCGAGGAUAUCGUGAAGCAGAUGAAGGCAGCCGGCGCGCCCCUGUCCGUGGUGGUCUUGGGGUUGCUGGUCAACGCCUACGCGAAGGCGGGCGACGCCGCUGGAGCAGAGCGUUGGCUCACCGAGCUCACCACCAAUGGCGUUGGCAAGCCCAACACGAUCUGCGUCAACAUUGCGAUCUCUGCGUGCGCAAAGGCGGGCGACGUGGCCAAGGCAGAGAAGUGGCUACUGAAGAUGCCGGAGCUCGAGGUGGAGCCCGACUGCAUGAGCUACAAUGCGGUCAUCGACGCCUGUGCGCGCGUGGGCGACGCGAAGCGCGCGGAGUGGUGGCUGCAGAGGAUGUGGAAGUCGUCCAUUACACCCAACGUCGUCACGUACAGCUCCGUAGUACACGCGUGUGCCAAGGCUGGGGAUAUGACGCGCGCCGAGGGUUGGCUCCGCCAGAUGGUGAAGGACGGCGUGGAGCCCAACGCGAUCUGCUACAACGCCGUGGUGCACGCCUGCGCCCGUGGCGGCGACGUGGACCGCGUCGUGCACUGGAUCGACGAGAUGGUGGCGCGCGGCGUGCAGCCCACGGUGAACACCUACAGCAGCGUCAUGGACCGCCUGGCGAAGUCGGGGGACGUGGAGGCUGCGGAGCAGUGGCUGCUGCGGAUGAUCCGGGAGGGCGUCGAGCCCGACGUGGUCAGCUACAACAUGUUGCUGUGCGCCUGCAACCGCUGCAACGACAGCCAGCGCGCGCAGAAGUGGUUCACGACGAUGCUGAACGAGGGCAUCUCGCCGAACACGGUCUGCUUCAACUUGCUGAUCAACGUGUACGCGCGCAACGGAGAUGUGGCUGGUACCAACCAGUGCCUCGACCUCAUGAAACAACACGGUGUUGUUCCUGACCGCGUCACCUUCAAUACCGCGAUCAAGGCCCACGCCAGGACGGGGGACGAGACGGGUGCAGGCGCGAGGUACCAGGACAUGAGGCGGGCUGGACUCGAGCCAGACGCGCUCACCUUCAACGCUCUCAUCGGCACGAGCGCCCGCGUGAAGAACGCGGACGGCGCCGAGCACUGGCUCCGCGAGAUGGUGGCGCACGGGCUGGAGGCGGACACCGUCAGCUACACGACCUGUAUCGACGCCUGUAAUCGUGCGGGUGACGCCAUUCGCGCGGAGCAUUGGCUUAUUGCAAUGGAGGAGGCUGGUUUGGUGCCGAGUCUGAAGACGUACGGCACGAUCCUUCAUGCUCUUGUUAAAGUUGGUGACGUUCCCCGCACCGAGGCCAUCGUGGAGAGGAUGCACAAGCUGGGGCUCGAGGCCAGCAUCUCGAUGUACAACGCCCUCAUCAGCGCCUGCGCAAAGAAG